AUGAGGUCCAUGUUGGUGCCACAUCACCCCCACCUCCCCCUUCCCUCUCCACAUCUAUCCAGCCCUCUCACCACUCAAAUCAAGCUUUGUGCAGCACGUCCUGGGUCAUAUCUACCUCCUCCAACUGUCCCCAUCUCUAUCCAUCUGCUGGUUCCUUCCCAGCAGCAUCAUCUCUUGCCACCUCAUCAAGCCUCUGAUUAA